AUGGCUGCUCUUCUAUUGUUGAGAAUGGCGAUGGCGAAAUUGUUAUUGACUAUUUUAGAUUUGUUCGUUCGUAGUGAGAAAGUUCUAGUUUUGAAUCUUGAAUAAUUUUACAGCUAUCUUAGUUCAUUCUGUUUGUGAAUACUGAUAUUUAAUCUUGUUAUCACUUAACUGAAUACCUAUUUCUAUUGGAUAUAUCAAAAGGUAAUAUAAGGACUGACUGAAAAACUGAAAAAAAUUCAAUUUAUCUGUGAAUCUAUCAAAAGAUAAACCUCAACUUUCAAAAGAUUUUUAUUUUUUUUGGAUUCAGAUAU